GUACCUUGUGGAGCUCUGCGACCCCCUCGGCACUCAGUGCGCCAGCCAUGCCUCGCUUCACCGUCCACGUCCGAGAUGAGUGGCUGACGGUGCCGUGCCGGGACAGCUCGUCCACCAUCCGCUGGCUCGGCCACGAAGCUCUCAAGCGCUACACCAAGAACAAGCCGGACAACGGCGGCCUCCCGGCGCUCAAGGACGCCCACUUGGUGGUGCGCAGGUGCCAGGGGCUCGGCCUGCUCGACGCCGACGACACCAUCGACGACGUCCUGGAGGAUAAUGACUUCGUCGAGCUGGCCAUCGAAGGCGACACCAUGUGUCCCGACUUCAUCCCGUGCGCGCCCGGAGUUUCCCAUCUCACAGCGGCUUACCGAGAACCUGAAGAUUCUAUUUGCCUGGAUGGCAACAGCCUGACCUCGACCGACUUGGUCAACUUGGGCAGAGGCCUCUACAAGAUAACGCUGGCCCCGGAGGCCGAGAGGAAAGUUGUGCAAUCCCGAGAGCUUUUGGACACCAUCGUCAAGGAAAACAAAGUCGUUUACGGGAUCACCACCGGUUUUGGCAAGUUUGCUCGAACCGUCAUUCCUGUCAGCAAACUCAAGGAGCUGCAGGAGAACCUGGUGCGCUCGCACUCAGCAGGGGUGGGCAACCCGCUGAGCCCGGAGAGGACCCGCAUGCUGCUGGCUCUGAGGAUCAACGUUCUGGCCAAAGGCCACAGCGGCAUCUCUCUGGAGACGCUUCACGCCAUGAUCCAGGCCUUCAACGCUUCCUGCCUCUCCUUCGUCCCCGAGAAGGGCACGGUGGGCGCCAGCGGAGACCUGGCGCCGCUCGCUCACUUGGCCCUGGGGCUGAUGGGCGAGGGCAAAAUGUGGUCCCCCAAGAGCGGUUGGGCCGACGCCAAAUACGUCCUGGAGGCCCACGGGCUAAAGCCAAUAUCGCUCAAGCCCAAAGAGGGCCUGGCUCUGAUCAACGGCACCCAGAUGAUCACCUCGCUCGGUGCGGAGGCCGUGGAGCGGGCCCAGGCCGUGGCCCGCCAGGCCGACAUCAUCGCCGCGCUCACCUUGGAGGUGCUGAAGGGAACCACCAAGGCCUUUGACAGCGGUGAGACAGCGCCCGCCUGCCUCAGCAGGUUGCCCGCCCGAGUGUCAAGGUGGGUUGUUUGCGCAGACAUUCACUCGCUGAGGCCCCACCCGGGACAAACGGAGGUGGCCCUGCGCUUCCGCUCGCUGCUGGACUCUGAUCAUCAUCCGUCCGAGAUUGCCGAGAGCCACCGCUUCUGCGACAGAGUCCAGGACGCUUACACCAUGCGUUGCUGUCCUCAGGUCCACGGCAUUGCCAACGACACCAUCCAGUUUGUCUUGAACAUCAUCAACACCGAAAUCAACAGCGCCACGGACAACCCCAUGGUGUUUGCCGAAAGAGGGGAGACCAUCUCGGGCGGCAACUUCCACGGCGAGUACCCGGCCAAGGCUCUGGACUUUCUGGCCAUCGGGAUCCACGAGCUGGCCUCCAUCAGCGAGAGGAGGAUCGAGAGGUUGUGCAACCCGUCGCUGAGCGAGCUGCCGGCCUUCCUGGUCAACGAAGGGGGGCUCAACUCGGGCUUCAUGAUCGCGCAUUGCACGGCUGCCGCUUUGGUUUCAGAGAAUAAAUCUUUGUGCCAUCCUUCCUCUGUGGACUCCUUGUCCACUAGCGCCGCCACGGAGGACCACGUCUCCAUGGGGGGCUGGGCAGCCCGCAAGGCCCUGAGGGUGGUAGAGCACGUGGAGCAAGUUCUGGCCAUUGAGCUGUUGGCGGCCUGCCAGGGCAUCGAGUUCCUCCGCCCGCUGCGCACCACCACGCCGCUGGAAAAGGUCUACGACCUGGUGCGCAGCGUGGUCAAGCCCUGGAUUAAGGACCGAUUCAUGUCCCCGGACAUCGAGGCCGUGCAUCGUCUCCUGCUGGACCAGAAGGUGUGGACCGUGGCCAAGCCUUACAUCGACAAAUAUCAGACGGAGUACAUCCCGGAAUCCCGUCCCGUCUCUCCGACCGCCUUCUCGCUGGAGUCGCCUCCGUCGCCCAGGAAGCGCUGUCGCCACGAAUGAAGGGCGCCAACCACUGGCUCAUAAUUGAGCCUUAAUGCAGGGUGGUCCUGUUUUGGGCGGCCCGCUUUUCCUCUGGCCUUAGUCACAAGCUGUCUGUCCGCUUACUUUUACUCACCUCCGCCGUCCGUCUGGGAGUCUGAUGGUAGCACCAAAGCGUUUGUUUUCUCCCCAUCCACGUUAUAGCGUGAUCGAAAUGGAGGGAAAUUCAAAUGGCGUCGGAGCACGUGAUGACGUCGGUCGUCUGGUUUUGCUGGAUGAAAAUGAAGAGGCGCUUUGGAGUCGAGCGCAUUUGCUCCCGUUUUCAUUGGUCAACAAUUCCAAAUUCAGUCAGCGUUGUCGUCGCGUGAGCGGCAUUUUGGUUCUCGUCUCGCCUGGCUCGCUGUCUGGCGUGCUAAAGUCUCCUCGACGGCGGCGGCGUUUGCUCCUAAUCUUGGGUGACGUCGUGGCUAUUCCCGUUCAGUUAGUAUGGCCUCACAUCUACCUCAGCCAUUGUACUUCGCUGUCCUUCCACUCUGAUAUUUCAAAUGCUGUUGUAUGAAAUGACUCAUCGGGGAUCAUGACUGUAUGUAGCCAGCAAAUACAACUUUGAAAAUAAUUGUGUCAAUGUGUGGUUUUGGCAGUUUAUUACUGAAUUCACAUUCAGAUUUUUCGCACUUAAAAGUGUCAUUUUUGGUCAGGGCCAGCAAACAAUUUACAAAUGACCUUACAUUGCAGAUUGAAUAUUCCAAAGUUUUAGACCAAAAAAUGCCAUUCAGUAUCUGUUCUUCAUUUCACACCUUUUGUCUUGGCUACACCGGCGAUGUGCUGUACAUGUCACUUUUCAAAAUGUAGAUUGCAGCAAAACGUCCAGUUUUUGUUUGUUUUGGGGCAGCAUGACAUCUAUGCAAGUUAGUAAGAAUUGUUUUGUGCUGAUGGUUUCUUUUCUGAGGAAUAAAAGU